CAAACUAUCCGCAGUAAAUCAAUAUGCGUACUGGACUUCAUAUUGCGUUUUUAUUUGGUGUGUAUUUGAUAGUUGAAUCCAAGUAUCAAGAGAUAGAUGAUGAAGUUACCAAAAUGGAGCGUGGAAUGGAACCAAAUGAGGAUGAUGUACAUUUCUAUCUUUUUACCAGGAAUACUGGAUUAGAUAAUCCUAUAGAGGUGGAUUUUACUCCAGAAUCCUUUAGUCUGGCAGGAUUUAAUCCUUCUAAUCCAACAAUUUUUCUCAGUCAUGGCUAUUCUUCAAAUGGAUUGGGAUUCGCUAGGGAUUACGUUAAAGCUUUUAACACAGUUGGAGACUAUAACAUAAUAACUGUGGACUGGGGGAAGCUAGCUCAGUGGUUUGAUUAUUUUGGUGCUGCGGCUAGGACAAGAUUUGUUGGAGAUCAUUCUGUGAACCUGAUUCAAGUCAUUGUUGAGAUAGCAGGUAUUGAUAAGAUUCACCUGAUAGGACACAGUCUAGGUGCUCAUGUAGUUGGGUUUAUGGGUAAGAAGUAUGAAGAACUGACCGGUGAAAAGAUACCUAGAAUCACAGGGCUUGAUCCUGCACUGCCUGCUUUUGAUUUUGCAACUAAAGAGAAUAGGCUUGACAAGGAGGAUGCUGAUUUUGUUGAUGUUAUUCAUACCAACAGUGGAAUGAUCUGGGAGGGAUGCUUGUCUAUUCCGAAGCAGAUUGGACAUAUGGAUUUCUACCCUGCAGGGGGUAAACAUCAGCCUGAUUGUACAGAUAUAUGCACAGAUGGAGCUUGUAGCAUUAAUACCAUAAAUGAUCUGAUCUUGGGUGGAUGCAGCCAUGGGCGUGCCAAUGACUACUAUGCUGAGAGUGUGGUUGGUUUAGUAGAAGGGAAACAGUUUUUGUCCUGGCUGUGUCCAACUUGGGAAGAUUUCCUGGCUGGAUCCUGCUGUGAUAGCACAACAGCUUUGAUGGGGGCAGGAAUCACAAGAGGUGAGGAAGGAAAGUAUAUGCUGCACGUUGAUGGAGAAUAUCCUCAUGCUAUUGGGGAAGACGGCGGAGUUUGUUAAAAAAUGUUAUAUAAAUUUUAAUCAAAUCUUACAGAGCUCAAGGAAUAAAGGAAUUGAAUGUUU